AUGGCGUCGUCAUUGUCUGUUCCUUGCGCCAAGAUCUGUGCCUCGAACCACCUACUCCGAUCUUUUCCCCAACGAUUGCAGCCGCCGCAACCCAACAGAAUCUCCUUCCCCUCCGAUGCAUCUCAGAAUCAAUCUACUAUCUGGAGAUUGCGUGCCACAGCUAAUGAGGUUGUUUCUAACUCUACCCCAAUGCCUAAUGGAGGGUAUUUGAACGGAAAUGUGAAGACUAAUGUUGCUGAACCCGCCGAGCUCUCUGAAUUUAUGGCUAAAGUCUCAGGUCUUCUUAAGCUUGUGGAUUCAAGAGACAUAGUGGAACUUGAACUGAAACAGCUCGACUGUGAGAUUGUUAUUCGGAAAAAGGAAGCUUUACAGCAACCUGAACCACCAGCUCAAGUUUAUCACUCAAUGCCUCCUCCGAUGGCCGGCCUUCCAAUGCAAAUGCCCCCUUCUCAACCAGUGGCGGCUCCUGCUUCUCCUACUCCUUCCUCAGUCCCCGUAACUGCAAAACCAACAGCCGCUCCAUCCUCGUCUCAUCCUCCACUCAAGAGUCCUAUGGCUGGUACUUUCUAUAGAUCUCCUGGACCUGGUGAACCACCUUUUGUCAAGGUUGGAGAUAAAGUGCAGAAGGGUCAAGUUGUUUGCAUUAUCGAAGCGAUGAAACUGAUGAAUGAGAUUGAGGCUGAGAAGUCAGGAACCAUCACUGAGUUACUGGCAGAAGAUGGAAAACCAGUCAGCGUCGACACGGUAUUGAUCUUUCUCUCUCUGGUUUAUCCCAGUAGUUUUCUUAUUGGAAACGCCUCUGUUUGUGAUCGUACCUUGAAACGAAGAAGCAUCUUUUUAGCUGGUUCGAAACGUCUUCGGAGUCUCGGUUUAGCUUAUACGGACGUGCUGAAAAUCAUGAAGUAA